CCUGGCGCCUCGCGCCCUCCCCUUUGUGUCGCCAUGGCGGCGGCAGCGGCGAGGACCACGGACCCGGGCUCGAACGCCGUCGGGGCCUGAGACGGCUACGGCGACCAUGGUGACAUUCACUGAGACCUCCUCUGUGCAGGCCCCAUGCUCCAGGCACAGAGACAGUCAGAUCCCAUCCUGCCUUGGGGAGCUUCAUGGGCUGGCAGGGGACAGACUCUGAGGGCCCGCAGCACUGACAGUCUGGAUGGCCCAGGGGAGGGCUCAGUGCAGCCUUUACCCCCUGCUGGGGGCCCCAGUGUGAAGGGGAAGCCUGGAAAGAGGCUCUCUGCUCCUCGAGGUCCCUUUCCCCGGCUGGCUGACUGUGCCCAUUUCCACUAUGAGAACGUUGACUUUGGCCACAUUCAGCUCCUGCUGUCUCCAGAGCGUGAAGGCCCCAGCCUCUCUGGAGAGAAUGAGCUGGUAUUUGGAGUGCAGGUGACCUGUCAGGGCCGCUCCUGGCCAGUUCUUCGAAGUUAUGAUGACUUCCGUUCCCUGGAUGCCCACCUCCACCGGUGCAUAUUUGACCGGAGAUUUUCCUGCCUUCCAGAGCUCCCUCCACCCCCAGAGGGCGCCAGGGCUGCCCAGAUGCUGGUACCACUGUUGCUGCAGUACCUGGAGACCCUGUCAGGACUGGUGGACAGCAACCUCAAUUGUGGGCCUGUGCUCACCUGGAUGGAGCUGGACAACCAUGGUCGGCGCCUGCUUCUCAGCGAGGAGGCCUCACUUAACAUCCCUGCAGUGGCUGCUGCCCACGUGGUCAAGCGGUACACAGCACAGGCACCAGAUGAACUCUCCUUUGAGGUGGGAGACAUUGUCUCGGUGAUUGACAUGCCACCCACAGAGGAUCGGAGCUGGUGGCGGGGCAAGCGGGGUUUCCAGGUCGGUUUCUUCCCCAGUGAGUGUGUGGAACUUUUCACAGAAAGGCCAGGUCCUGGCCUGAAGGCGGAUGCUGAUGGUCCCCUGUGUGGCAUCCCAGCUCCCCAGGGUAUCUCUUCUCUGACCUCAGCUGUGCCCCGGCCCCGUGGGAAGCUGGCUGGGCUCCUUCGAACCUUCAUGCGCUCACGCCCCUCUCGCCAGCGGCUGCGCCAGCGAGGAAUUCUGCGGCAAAGGGUGUUUGGCUGUGAUCUUGGAGAGCACCUCAGCAACUCGGGCCAGGAUGUGCCCCAGGUGCUGCGCUGCUGCUCCGAGUUUAUCGAGGCCCACGGAGUGGUGGAUGGAAUCUACCGGCUCUCAGGCGUGUCCUCCAACAUCCAGAGACUGCGGCAUGAGUUUGACAGCGAGAGGAUCCCUGAACUAUCUGGCCCUGCCUUCCUACAGGACAUUCACAGUGUGUCCUCCCUCUGCAAGCUCUACUUCCGAGAGCUGCCCAACCCUUUGCUCACCUACCAGCUCUAUGGGAAGUUCAGCGAGGCCAUGUCAGUGCCUGGAGAGGAGGAGCGCUUGGUGCGAGUUCAUGAUGUCAUCCAACAGCUGCCCCCACCACACUACAGGACCCUGGAGUACCUGCUGAGGCACCUGGCCCGCAUGGCAAGACACAGUGCCAACACUAGCAUGCAUGCCCGUAACCUGGCCAUUGUCUGGGCACCUAACCUGCUACGGUCCAUGGAGCUGGAGUCUGUGGGGCUGGGCGGGGCGGCAGCCUUCAGGGAGGUCCGUGUGCAGUCAGUAGUGGUGGAGUUCCUGCUCACCCACGUGGAGGUCCUGUUCAGCGACACCUUCACCUCGGCUGGCCUAGACCCUGCAGGCCGCUGCCUCCUCCCCAGGCCCAAGUCCCUCGCUGGUAGUGGGCCCUCCACCCGCCUGCUGACUCUGGAGGAAGCCCAGGCUCGAACACAGGGCCGCCUGGGAACACCCAUGGAGCCCACCACUCCUAAGGCCCCAGACUCACCUGUGGAAAGGAGGAAAAGGGAAAGAGGGGAGAAACAGCGGAAGCCAGGGGGUAGCAGUUGGAAGACAUUCUUUGCUCUGGGCAGGGGUCCCAGCAUUCCCCGCAAGAAGCCCCUGCCCUGGCUAGGGAGCAGCCGGGCACCUACGCAGCCUUCAGGCAGCAGACCUGACACAGUCACCCUGAGAUCUGCCAAGAGCGAGGAGUCUCUGUCGUCUCAGGCCAGCGGGGCUGGCCUCCAGAGGCUACACCGGCUGAGGAGACCCCACUCUAGCAGUGACGCUUUCCCCGUAGGCCCAGCGCCUGCUGGCUCCUGUGAGAGCCUGUCCUCUUCCUCUUCCUCCUCAUCCUCAAGUUCCUCUUCAUCUUCCUCCUCUGAGUCCUCAGCAGCUGGCCUAGGGCCACUCUCGGGGUCUCCCUCACAUCGCACCUCAGCCUGGCUAGAUGAUGGUGAUGAACUGGACUUCAGCCCACCCCGCUGCCUGGAGGGCCUUCGGGGACUCGACUUUGAUCCCCUUACCUUUCGCUGCAGCAGCCCCACCCCAGGGGAUCCUGCACCUCCUGCCAGCCCAGCACCCCCUGCCCCUGCCUCUGCCUUCCCACCUCGGGCGACCCCCCAGGCCCUCUCAUCCCAUGGACCUACCAACCCUGCUUCACCUACUACCCUGGAUAUUUCAGAGCCCCUGGCUGUAUCAGUGCCACCCGCUGUCCUGGAACUAUUGGGGGCUGGGGGUUCCCCUGCCUCAGUCACCCCAACACCAGCUCUCAGCCCUGGCCCAGGCCUACGUCCUCAUUUCAUUCCCCUGCUGCUUCGUGGAGCUGAGGCCCAGCUGAGUGACACCUGCCAACAAGAGAUCAGCAGCAAGCUGGCCCCACCUGGUCUGCGGGGAGCUCAGGGCCAACAUAGCCCUGGCACAGAUGCACCAUUGUCCCCGCCCUUGUCCCUCCUGCGCCCUGGUGGGGCCCCACCCCCACCCCCCAAGAACCCAGCACGUCUCAUGGCUUUGGCCCUAGCUGAGCGGGCUCAGCAGGUGGCUGAGCAACAGAGCCAACAGGAGCAGGAGAGCACCCCACCUGCUCCUGGCUCCCCUUUCUGCCGGUCUCUGUCACUGGAGGUGGGUGGGGAGCCUGUGGAGACUUUGGGGAGUGGGCCACCCCCUCACUCCAUAGCCCACCCAGGUGCCUGGGCCCCCGGUCCCCCACCCUACCUCCCAAGGCAACAAAGUGAUGGGAGUCUGAUGAGGAGCCAGCGGCCCUUGGGGACUUCAAGGAGGGGACUCAGAGGCUCUUCCCAGAUCAGUGCCCAGCUCAGGGCAGGUGAGACAUACAGGGAUGCCCCAGAGAUGGCAGCCCAGUCCCCAUAUUCUGUCCCCUCACAAAGUCUUACACCUGGCUUCUUCUCACCCCCUCGGGAGUGCCUGCCACCCUACCUUGGAGUCCCCAAACCAGGUUUAUAUCCUUUAGGCCCCACCUCCUUCUCACCCAGCUCCCAAGCCGCAGUCUGGAGGAACUCCCUGGGCCCCUCAGCAGCGCUGGACAAGGGAGAGAGCCUGCACUAUGAGAUUGGGGCAGGGGAGGGGGCCUCCUACGCUGGCCCAAGAAGGUCCUGGAGUCCCUUUCGCUCCAUGCCCUCUGAUAGGCUCAAUGCCUCAUAUGGCAUGCUUGGCCAGUCGCCACCACUCCAUAGGUCCCCCGACUUCCUCCUUAGCUACCCAUCACCCCCCUCCUGCUUUCCUCCUGCACACCUUGGCCACUCAGCCCCGCAGCAUCCUGCCCGGCGCUCAACUCAGCCUGAGCCUCUCUAUGUCAACCUAGCUCUGGGGCCCAGGGGCCCCUCGCCCAACUCUUCUAGUUCCUCCUCCCCUCCUGCCCACCCCCGCAGCCGUUCAGAUCCUGGGCCCCCUGUCCCCCGUCUCCCCCAGAAGCAAAGGGCUCCCUGGGGCCCCCACGCCCCCCAUAGGGUAUCUGGACCCUGGGGCUCCCCUGAGCCUCUCCUACUCUACAGGGCUGCCCCACCAGCCUAUGGAAGGGGGGGUGAACUCCACCGAGGGUCUUUGUACAGAAAUGGGGGUCAGAGAGGGGAGGGGGCUGGUCCCCCUCCCCCUUAUCCUACACCUAGUUGGUCCCUGCAUUCUGAGGGCCAGACCCGAAGCUACUGCUGAGCUAGGGCCUGGAAGGACUUUCCUCCCUUCCCCAGGCUCCCGCUGGGUCUUGGCUCAACUCAAUCCUUGUUUUGUAUUUUGAGCUCUCCACCCCACCAUAGGUUUCUAACUUUGUAACUUGUUUCUGAUGUGGAAAAUCAUGGUAUCCCUACCCUGAGCUGUAGGGUGUGCCCAUCCCCUACCUCCACCCUGGGGGUCCUUGCACAAAUCUGGGGAAGGGGCCUGGUAAAACACCCUGCCCUCCCUUUCCCUCCAGGAACCUCCAGCCUGUCCUGCCCUCUGCACGGGGGGGGGGUGUACAACUACCACCCACCUCUCCCCAUGUGUCCCUCUAAACAACCUGACAACAUUCAUGAAUAAAAAUGGAAGAACCGAG